AUAUAUGUAGCGGCUUUUGCGGCAAUCGCGUACAGUACGGCCAAUCGGCAGUACUACAGUCAAUUCGAUGCGGUCACCUCCGGCAACCUCAACAACACCAUUCUCAACGUUACCGUCUAUUGUCUGCUCAAGACCCUCUCGUUCUGCAUCAUGUGUUAUUUGCUUAGCCGCCGACUGGAAUUAUCCUCGAUUCGGCUUGUGGCGUUCACCCUCGUGGACCAGUUUGAAGCAGUCUUUAGCAAAUUUUUGCUGUGGAGCGAUUAUACGACGAUCACGUCGAUCAGACACUCAGGUCCCGAUUUCACAUUUAAAUUUGCGUGGCUGCACCAAAAGGCAACGGAAUGA